UCCCUCGCCGCGCCUGGCCACGCUUUCGCUUUCACUUCUGCAUCUGAGCAGAGCGUUUCCUCACGGUUUCGUGUGCUGCGAAACUAGCGCAGAGGAGGGAUGCUUACAGACAGAAGGGGAUAAAGCCCGCAGAGAUAGAAUGAUGCAAAACGCUCUUCUUUGGUGGAGCAGCUUAUACGUCAGACUGAUGUUUGUCUUCUGGCCGUGGGCAUCAGCUGGAAAGCAAUGUCAUAUCCAAAAUGAAAUGGCUGACUGCAGUCACCUAAAGCUGACUCAAAUUCCCUCUGAUCUUCCAAACAAUAUAACGAGUUUAGACAUUUCUCAUAAUCAGCUAAAACAGCUAGGUCCUGCAAAUCUGACCAAGUACAGCCAGCUGGUUUACUUGAAUGCAGGCUACAACAGCAUCUCUAAACUGCAACCAGAAUUGUGCCAAAAUGUGCCCCUCUUGCAGACUCUGAAGUUAGAACAUAAUGAAUUGCACAAGUUCCCUGACAGAGUCUUUGCUUCCUGCACCAACCUGACUGAGCUCAAUCUAGGAUACAACAGACUAAGUAUAAAAAAUGAUCCUUUUGAAACCCUGGAGAACUUGAAUAUUUUGGACCUAUCCCAUAAUUCUUUGAAGUCAGCCAAUUUAGGAUUGAAGCAACAGUUGGAGAAACUCCAUGAGCUCAUGUUGGGUAGCAACCAAAUCACUGAGUUGAAAAAAGAAGACUUUAAUUUUCUUAGAAACACCACAUUGAAUAGUCUUGAUUUGUCAUCAAAUCCACUAAAAGAGUUUCAUACGGGAUGUUUCCAUACAAUUGGAAAUCUGUUUGGCCUCAUACUGAACAAUGUUGAACUUGGUGAAAAUCGCACAAAUAAACUUUGUGCAGAAUUAUCAAACACAGCAAUUCAAAACCUCUCAUUGAGCCAUGUGAAACUUUCCUACAUUGGCAAGUCAACUUUCCAGGGACUGCAAGGAACAAAUCUUAAAAUUUUAAACCUUUCCCAAAAUUCUCUCUCUGUUAUAGAAAAUGACUCAUUUCAGUGGCUUUCAAGUUUACAGUACUUAAACCUGAAGCUUAAUAAAAUUAACAUAUCUUCACGUUUAUUUUAUGGAUUAUCCAGCCUCAAAUAUUUGAAUCUCAUGAACUCACUUACUGGGAAAAUUGAAGAUUUUUCUUUCCAUUGGCUAUACCACCUGGAGUACCUUAUAAUGGACAAUAACAAUUUUCCAGGAAUUACUGCUAAUAUGUUCACAGGUCUGAACAACCUGAAAUAUCUGAGCCUCUGCAACUGCAACAUAAACUUACAAAGAAUAACUAAUAAAACAUUUUCUUCACUUGCUAAUUCUAGCUUACAGGUUUUAAACCUCACAAAAACCAGAAUCUCUACAAUAGAAAGUGGGGCAUUUUCUUCCCUGGGACACCUGAAAAUUCUUCAUCUUGGUCUCAAUGAAAUUAGUCAACAGCUUACAGGUCAUGAGUUUAAAGGUCUCAAUAACUUACAAGACAUUUAUCUUUCCUAUAAUAAAAACUUGACUUUGCAAAGUGAAUCAUUCAUUUUUGUUCCAAGUCUUAAAAAACUGAUGCUGAGGAAGGUAGGCUGCAGUAAUCUGGCACUUUCUCCCUCACCUUUUCAUCCUUUACGAAACCUGACUGUCCUGGACAUCAGCAAUAACAACAUAGCAAACAUAAAAGAAGACUUGUUUAAUGGACUUGACAAACUUGACAUCCUGGAUUUGCAACACAAUAAUUUAGCCCGGCUUUGGAAACAUGCAAAUCCGGGUGGCCCUGUUCUUUUUUUAAAAGGUCUUCCCAAUUUGCGAAUUCUUAAUUUAAAAUCAAAUGGGCUUGAUGAAAUUCCAGUUCAGGUUUUCAAGGGUAUGUUUCAAUUAAAACUCUUGGAUUUAGGAUCAAAUAAUUUGAAUUUGCUUCCAGCAACUCUGUUUGAUGACCAAGCCUCUCUGAAUUCAUUGAACCUUCAGAAAAAUCUGAUAACCUCAGUUGAAGAAAAAGUAUUUGGCCCACCUUUCAGCAGCUUGAGAAAACUAGAGAUGGAUUCCAAUCCCUUUGAUUGUACCUGUGAAAGCAUUGCUUGGUUUGCUGAUUGGCUUAAUGAGACCCAAGCAGAUAUACCUGGACUGAGGUCCCAGUACAUUUGCAACACCCCUCCUAAAUAUCAUGGUAGUCUGGUUUUGUAUUUUGAUAGUUCAGCUUGCAAAGACAGUGCACCAUUUAAACUUCUUUUUGUGAUCUCUACCACUAUUGUGACACUACUCAUUUUUAUUGUCCUUACCAUCCAUUUUGAAGGGUGGAGGAUAGCUUUCUACUGGAAUAUUAUAGUCAAUCGAAUGCUUGGUUUUAAAGAAUUUGAGAGACAACAGGAACGGUAUGAUUACGAUGCCUACGUUAUUCAUGCAAGAGAGGACAAGAACUGGGUGUCUAAAAAUUUCAUGUCUCUGGAAAAAAAUAACCACUUUGAAAUUAAGUUUUGCUUAGAAGAACGGGACUUUGAAGCAGGUAUAUCUGAAUUUGAAGCCACAAUUAACAGCAUAAAAAUGAGCAGGAAGACUAUUUUUGUUGUGACUGAACACCUCUUACAGGAUCCCUGGUGUAAAAAUUUCAAGGUGUAUCAUGCUCUUCAGCAAGCUGUCGAACAAAGUCGGGACUCCAUCAUACUGAUCUUUCUUGAUGAUAUCCAAGAUUACAAGUUGUAUCAUGCACUUCACCUGAGAAGAGGAAUGUUCAGAUCUCGCUGCAUCUUGAACUGGCCAGCCCAGAGAGAACGAGUCAGUGCAUUUCACCAGCAAUUAGUGAUGGCACUUAAAUCUAAAAGUAAAAUGCGCUGAUUUUUGAACUACAGAUUUGAAUUAUGGGGUCAUUUUAAUGUGUAUUUUCUACCACUGGAAAACUAGCAAGCCUUUAUGAAGGUCUGAAAAAGUUUGUCAUCCUGUAAAUAUAUGUAAGAGUCACUGCAAUUUAAAUUUAUCUGUUUAUAUUCAUAUUUUUGCUGAUAUUUUAAUUCAGCUGCACUGAAGUGAUGUUAAAAGGGAUCAUAGUGGAUAGUCAUUUCAAUCAGUGUAUUAAAAAUGUGGUAGGAGUUCUGAAAAGCAGUGAGAAUCACUGAUGUUGUAGGAAAUGAUGUACGGUAGACAAGACAGACUCUCUAAGGGGAUAUCCAAAAGAAAAUGCAUUAAUGAUGAAACAAAAAAUCCUUUGUUGAAGGUAGAGGGACACUACUUCUUGCUUUUGAAACAUGGGGGAUUCAGUGCUCAAACUGGAAAGUUUUCCUUGAGAAACACAGUAACACAGAAAAUUACUUCUGUAAUUCAAAGUAAGAAAUAUAUCAGUUUCAGAAUGAGUUUUAAAACCUUUAUGAUUAUGCCUUCUGGAGGCACUAAUACUGGUUGCUAUCAAAAAGUGACUUUCAGGCUGAUGAGUCAAAUGAUUUAAUAGAUUUGGUAUCAAGAAAAAAAUUGUUUUGCUCUUCUCUGGUGACAUUCAGAGAGCUGGCACUAAUACUGAGAUACAUUAAUACAGAGAGAUGUCACCUUGAUUCUUAGAAUGUACACAGAACUUGCAAUCGAUGUGAAGCUUGGCCACAGCACGGCUGCUGCACCUGUAUAAAAUUAAUAAAGGCACAGAUAUGUUUAUAAUAUAACCAGAAGAUGACUUUGUGGAGAAAGUUGUGCUACUGCAAUUUCAUUACCAAAAAUUUUGUUACUGGUGAAAAAACAACAACAACAAAAACAAAUAGUUGUAAAUACUAUCCGAAACAUUGUGACUACAGUUAGAGGUAGAGUGGGGAAAAAAAUCAAAACUAGAUUAAUUUCAAUUUUUUUGUUUCCUUUUAUACAGUUUUGCCUUUGAUAGCUAAAAGGAAAAUUGUAAAGAAAUCAGAUAGAAUUCUAUAGUUUAGUUUCUUGCAUUUUAAUCUAAUUUGAUCUUUUUCCUGAACAUAUUUUAUGGAAAUGUGGGCUAGAUGGCAACUGCCAGGGUAUUAAUGCUCAAACAUAUGGGCUAGCUGCUUGAUCUGGAGAGAGAGUAAAAUGUGCUUUGCAAGUGUGUUAGUAAUGUUUAACACUGACUAAAAUGCUAUGGUGAGUCUGAGCACAAGUUGUAAAUUAGACACAAGGCAGUUGUUUGUAUAUUUUUGUUAAUAUUUAAUUGCUGCUUCAAGGACUUAAAAACUUUGUCAGCUUUUAGUAGGUCUGUGAUCCUUCAAUAGCUCAGGAAUAUUUUUAUACUGAUUUUUCCCCUAGCAUUUCCCUCAUCAACUUCAAUACCAGUAUUGCUACAAGAAUGCUGUUUUGCUGUAUUAGAAAACAGUACUAUACUUAACAUUUUAAACAGCUUUUCUCAUUAUUUGGUAUAUGUAGAGAUGAAAAACAUUGGGUUUUAAUAGGUUUCCUAUGUCCCAUGAUGAUAAAAACUUAAACAAGACAAAUAAUUAGUGAAAUAAGGUUUUUCUUGCACUGAAAUAGUGAAGAGGGUGCAGAUGUCUUCACUUGCUUGGGAAGUCCUGAGUGAAAACUAAACAGGCUUUGUUUACAGCUAAAGUGAUAGAUGAUGAUUCCCUAAUUACAGUAAUAGGAUUGUCCCCAUUGUGAUGCUUUCAUCUCAUCUUUCUGAACUAUUCAGGCGAAGUGACAAAUUCUUUCUUCAUGCUUAGGCCAUGAAAGUUGAGGAGGCAAGUUGGUAAUUAUGGUGUGCCAGGUAUGCACCAUGUCAAUUGUUCCUUGUCUUAUUUAAAGACUAACAUGUGACAGGGCUCCUAUCCUAAAUCUGCAGUGACACAUAGCAGCAGAAUUUCUCUUUCCACAUCAAUAUAAAUUGUUUAGAAAAUGCUAGUAGUUCACAUGGGUAUUAAAAAUGGCAUAAAGAUGAAGAGAAUGCAUGGAGAAAUGCUACAGUGAAAUGUGAUACAAGAGGUCAGACUGGAUGAUCAAACGGUCUUUUCUGACCCUUAGAGCCUGACAAAUGACAGCAUGUCUAAAUUCCUAAAUUUACUACAAAAGCCCCCAAAAUUGGUUUCAGAACAGUGAAAAAAAUGUUAUGAAAGCUUAAUUUUGUAAUACAGCUAGCAAUACAAACAAGAAGUACUUGGUAAUGGGCGAAAAAUCCCUUUAAAUUAUAAACAUAUGAUGAAUAUACUCUAAACAGUAUAUUCUAGUACCUAGAUUCAGUUUAAAAUAAUUUACCACAGUAAAAGACAUUAUAAAGGUUCACAAUGAGAAUAAGACGAAUGUAUAAAAAAAGACACAAAAGUAAUAAUCACAGGGCCAGUGGUAAUCAUCAUUUAUACCAGACCUAAAAUUUUUCUAUAAAUUUUCCCUGUUUUUCUGAAAGUUACCUACUUAUGCUCUGCUCCUGUAGAUUUGUUUGACAAUUUUAUUGAGAGUAAAUAAAUGGGUUUACUAUGGCUAAGAGUUGUAAGUGCUUUUGAGAUUUAUAGUCUAUGUCUGAGCUGGGCAGUCUCUUUGCAGUGGGCAGCAUCAGAUUAAAUUAUGCUGAAUUGCUGAUGAGUUGAACAACAAAUAAAUCAAAAGUAGUUCCAAACUUGUAAUAUCAAAAAUAUUAUGUAGGACUAAAGAGGAGCCAUUUGUAUUGAAAGCAAAAUAUGUAAAGGACUUGAGUGAGGCAGAAUACUCAAGUCUGGAGAUUUGGAGUGGAACCUGACUGUUUCUGCAGAUCUUGAAUGACAAGGUGCCAUGGUUUAGGAAUAGUAUUCCCCGGUUUAGUGUUCUAAAUCAUGUGCUGUUUGCUCACUCCUCCCUCCCCCAGCAGGCUGGAGAGCAGAACUGGAGGCACAAAAGGUAAAGAUCAUGGGUUGAGGUAAGAACAAUUUACUUGAAAAAGCAAUGAAACAAAAACCAAACAGUAACAUGAACAAUAUUAAUUUAAUAAAAGAGUGUACAAGAGAGAUGAUCGAUUCACCUGUGAAUUCUUACAUGGAACAGGACCAGAAAGGACCCCUGCCCUUUGUGCUUGAUGUGAGGUGAUAAAGAAUAACCUCAGGGUCCUAGCCAUGCCCCUCCUUGCUACUGCAAACAUUAACCCCGUCCUGGCCAGAACCAGCACUCAGGGAGUAAUGAACAAGUUACAGACAGUGAUGUUCAUACAUAGAGCUGAGAUAAAUAUACUACCCACAAAUUAGCUCAAUUACGCUACCUUCACUGCGGCUCAGUCAGGGCUUUUUACCAUGGUAGGAAUAAAUUCAGAUUGUGCUGCUUUUAGAUUUAAGUCCAUCUAUCCCAUAAGGUUUUGUCAGAACAUAUUUAUUCAUUUUUUUAAGAAAAAGGCCAGGAAUAUCCCAGUUUCAAAUCUCAGACCUCUACUUAGUGUUCUGUGCACUCUAUCUGCCAGCUCACUGUACUCAUUGAUGUACUAGGAAGACAAGGCAGGGAUAAAAUUCCUCACUUUGUACCCUUGGUUGUUGUGGACCAGCAGCUGCCAGCUUAAAAUCAAUAAUACAACUAGUUGCUUGAUGUGUGAUCCUGGGUCUCAUACAUAUAGAGCAACUGGUCUAACUUUCGGCCUGUGCUGUUCUUUUGGGCACUCCAAGAGACA